AUGGCUAGCGAGGAGGCGGCGGGCGCUGCUCAGCCAGGGGAUGGCAAGGACGGGAGACCGGGCGCCGUGCAGCUCAACCCCGCGGUGCCCAUCCGGGGGAUCAGGAUGAAAUUCGCCGUGCUGGCCGGCCUGGUGGAAGUUGGGGAAGUUUCCAACCGGGACAUCGUGGAGACCGUGUUCAACCUGCUGGUCGGCGGCCAGUUUGACCUGGAGAUGAACUUCAUCAUCCAGGAGCCGGACAGCAUCCUGUGCAUGGUGGAGCUGCUGGAUAAGUGUGAGCCCACCUGUCAGGCCGAGGUCUGGAGCAUCUUCACCGCCAUCCUCAAGAAGAGCGUCCGCAACCUGCAGGCGUGCACCGAUGUGGGGCUCAUCCAGCAGGUGCUUGAGCGGAUAUCCACCACAGACAGCAUGAUCGCAGACCUCCUCGUGGACAUGCUGGGCGUCCUCGCCAGCUACAGCAUCACGGUGAAGGAGCUGAAGCUGUUCUUCAGCAAGCUGCAGGGGCAGGAAGGCCAGUGGCCUCGUCACGCAGUGAAGCUUCUGUCGGUGCUGAAGUACAUGGCUCACAGAAACGGUCCCGACUCCUUCUUCAGCUUCCCAGGAAAGAAUGCAGCUGCCAUAGCUCUGCCUCCCAUCGCAAAAUGGCCGUACCAGAAUGGGUUCACAUUCCACACGUGGCUCCGCAUGGAUCCUCUCAACAACAUCAACGUAGACAAAGACAAGCCUUACCUCUACUGUUUUCGCACCAGUAAAGGCCUCGGUUACUCUGCGCACUUUGUGGGCGGCUGUUUGAUAGUGACCUCAUUAAAAACCAAGGGGAAAGGAUUCCAGCACUGUGUCAAAUACGACUUCAAACCACAGAAGUGGUACAUGGUGACUCUUGUUUACAUCUACAACCGCUGGAAAAACAGUGAGCUCAGCUGCUACGUGAACGGAGAACUGGCUUCCUUUGGAGACAUCGCCUGGUUCGUCAACACCAGUGACACGUUUGACAAGUGUUUCCUGGGAUCGUCGGAGACGGCGGAUGCCAACCGCGUGUUCUGUGGACAGAUGGGGGCAGUUUACCUGUUUGGAGAGGCUCUCAGCGCUGCUCAGAUCCUGGCCAUUUAUCAGCUGGGGCCCGGCUACCAGGGCACAUUCAAGUACAAGGCCGAGAGCGACCUGCUGUUUGCGGAGCAUCAUAAGACCUUACUGUACGACGGCAAGCUGUCCUCCAGUAUCGCCUUCACGUACAACCCUCGGGCCACAGAUGCUCAGCUCUGCCUCGAGUCCUCCCCCAAGGACAACGCCUCCAUUUUCGUCCACUCACCCCAUGCACUCAUGCUGCAGGACGUGAAGGCUGUGGUGACUCACUCAGUCCAGAGCGGCAUCCACUCUAUCGGAGGCGUGCAGGUCCUCUUCCCUCUGUUUGCACAGCUGGAUUAUCGCCAGCCGUCCAGCCAUGAGCUGGACACCUCUGUUGGCUGCACGUUGCUGUCCUUUGUGAUGGAGCUCUUGAAGAACUCGGUGGCUAUGCAAGAGCAGGUCCUGGCCUGCAAAGGCUUCCUCGUGAUUGGCUACACUUUGGAGAAGUCGUCCAAGGUGCAUGUGACGCGGCCCGUCCUGGACAUCGUGCUGGCCUUUUCCAGAUACCUUAGCAACUUGCAGAACGGCAUCUUGCUGCUGAAGCAGCUGUGUGACCACAUCCUGUUCAACCCUGUCAUCUGGAUCCAUGCCCCUGCCAAGGUGCAACUGACCCACUACACUUACCUGGCGACGGAGUUCAUCAGCACAGUGACCAUCUACAACGCCAUUCGCAGGGUGGGCACGGUGCUGCAGGUCAUGCAUACACUGAAAUACUACUACUGGGUCGUCAACCCACAGGACCGCAGCGGGGUCAUCCCCAAAGGCCUCGACGGUCCGAGGCCAAACCACAAGGAGAUCCUGUCUCUGCGAGCUUUCUUGUUGUUGUUUGUCAAACAGCUCAUAAUGAAGGACCAUGGAGUCAAAGACGACGAGCUGCAGAGUAUCCUCAACUACCUCCUAACCAUGCAUGAGGAUGAUAAUAUCAUGGAUGUGCUGCAGUUGUUGGUGGCUCUGAUGUCUGAACAGCCAGGGUCCAUGGUCCAGGCCUUCGACCAGCGCAAUGGGAUUCGUGUGGUUUACAAGCUUGUGGCCUCAAAAAGUGAAGGAAUCCGGGUGCAGGCACUCAAAGUGAUGGGCUACUUUCUAAAGCACUUGCCACCAAAGAGGAAAUCUGAGGUCAUGCUGAGUCACGGCCUCUUCUCCCUGCUCACUGAACGGCUGAUGCUGCACUGCAGCCAGUUCAGCAUGACGACCUACAACGUUCUCUUUGAGAUCCUCACCGAGCAGAUCUGCACUCAAGUGAUCCAUAAACAGCAUCCGGACCCCGACUCCACUGUGAAGAUCCUCAACCCACAGAUUCUCAAGGUAAUCGCUGCUCUACUGAAGAACUGUCCUCUGUCUCCUGAGAGCAUGGAGGUGCGCCGGCUCUUCCUGUCAGACAUGAUCAAACUGUUCAAUAACAGCCGAGAGAACCGCAGGAGCCUGCUGCAGUGCUCGGUGUGGCAGGAGUGGAUGAUCUCCCUGUGCUUCAUCAACCCGCGAAACAACGAGGAGCAGAAAAUAACGGAGAUGGUGUACGCCAUCUUCCGCAUCCUGCUUUACCACGCCAUCAAAUAUGAGUGGGGUGGCUGGCGCGUCUGGGUGGACACCCUGUCCAUCACCCACUCCAAGGUGACCUUUGAACAGCACAAGGAGAACUUGUCCCACAUGUUCCGCCAGUACCAGCAUCAGGAGUCUCUUGGCUCGGUCCGGACCAUCUCCGGUGUCAGCCAGAGCUCUGGGAACAUGGGGGGCGUUAACGGGUCGUCCGCAGUGGAGACGGCCCCCAACACCGUCAUUGAGCUCAGAGUGGGCGAGCUGUCCCAGAAGUCCCCUGAAUCAGCAUCCAGUUCCACCAUCACCUCCAGCCCACAGGAGACCGCUGAUGAAAGGGGGCAAGCAUCCAUCACGGUGUCAAACAUCCUGGCGAGGGCUGAGUCGGCUGAGGGGCCUCCCAGAGACCACUCGGGUGAUCGAGCAGAGACAGACUCUACCGUGACACCGACAAGGGCUGCAGAGGAACAGAGCGAGGAGACCAAUAAGCAGGAAGCAGCGACUGAGACGGAUCAUCUACAAGCAUCCGUCAGUGACCCGUCUGAAACGCUGGACACAAAAGCAGCGGAAGUGACCAGAGACUCUGCUGCAACUCCUGCGAGUGAUGAUGCACAAACAUCAACAGAUGGUGAAACAUGCGAGAGCAAACCCAACGAAGGAGAAUCGUCCAAGUCUGCAACGGAAGACUCUUUAAAUGAAGUGGACACGGAACCACCAGUGGUUUCAGAAGAAGAAGUGAAGACCGACCAAGCAGCUCCUCAGACUGCAGCCGGUCAGGAGAAGAGCAAUGAGGACCAGGUCGAUGUUCCAUCUGUUAGCGACCAGAUCCAAUCCAUUGUUGACGAAAGCCAAGAGGAAACUUCUUCUGCUUCUGCUGCUGCAGAGGAAGGGGAAGCAUUGAAGAAGGAGGAAGAUGCACAUGCGGAUGAUGAAGGGAAUAAAAGGGACCAGGAAGGAAAGGAGGUUAAAACGGAAGAAGAGAAAGAAGAGACGCUGAAGGUUAGUGAUGACGACAAACCUGCAGAGAGCGAAACUGAAGGGAAACCUGAUUCGGAGAGUCCGACUCCUCCGGUGGAAACACCCGGACAGAAUGUGACAGAACCAACAAGAGAAAAGGUUGAAGAUGGACAGUCUGAAACCACAACUUCAGACCAGCCGCCCUCAGACACCACACUGCCCCCUACAGCUCAGGAGGGUGCAGAACAGUCAGACCCUGCCUCACCUAGCCAGCCUUCAGAGACCAGCGGUGGAGAGGAAACCGCGUCCAGCGCCCCAGAGAGCAGCACCCCCCCCGCCGCCGCCGCCUCAGCCGCCAGCCCCGACACCCAGAAGAGCUCAGACACCGUCAGCAAGACCAAAGAGAUCAAGAUCGCCCGACUGGACGUGUCCAAUGUGGCCUUAGACACCGAGAGACUUGAACUGAAGGAGACCUCCAUAACAGAGACGAGCCAAGGCCAGUCGACCACAGCAACGGCAUCAGCAGGAAGCUCUUCCAGUCAGCCGAGGGAGGGCGGCGCCUCGGCCCCGCGCUCCACCAUGUUUCGCAUCCCCGAGUUCCGAUGGUCCCACAUGCACCAGCGCCUCCUCACCGACCUGCUGUUCUCCAUCGAGACGGAGGUCCAGAUGUGGAGGAGUCACUCCACGAAGACGAUCCUGGACUUCGUGAACAGCAGUGAGAACGUGGUGUUUGUCCACAACAGCAUACACCUCAUCUCCCAGGUGGUGGACAACCUGGUGAUGGCGUGCGGAGGCAUUUUGCCUCUGCUCUCUGCUGCCACCUCCUCCUCUCAUGAGCUGGAGAACAUUGAACCUUCUCAAGGCCUGACGCUGGAGGCCUCCGUCACCUUCCUGCAGCGCCUCAUCAACCUCGUGGACGUGCUCAUCUUCGCCAGCGCCCUCAACUUCACGGAGAUCGAAGCAGAGAAGAACAUGUCGUCCGGAGGCCUCCUUCGACAGUGCCUUCGCCUCGUGUGUGCAAUGGCAGUGAGAAACUGUCUGGAGUGUCAGCAAGCCCAGUUCAAGCAAGGCUCCGAAGGCCCAGUCCGCAGCGGCUCGCAGAGCACUGGGCUCGGAGCGUCUGCCCAGAGUCCUGUUGAUGCAGUGACAGGUGGAAUGUCUCCAAUCAGAGAUCUGGACCGGCUGCUCCAGGACAUGGACAUCAACCGCCUCCGGGCCGUCGUCUUCAGGGAUAUUGAGGACAGUAAGCAGGCUCAGUUUCUGGCUCUGGCCGUGGUGUACUUCAUCUCGGUCCUCAUGGUGUCCAAGUACCGGGACAUCCUGGAGCCGCACAAUGAUAAGAAACAUCCCCAGAGAUCCCAGUCUGCCAGGAGCACAGAAAGCGGCGGCCUCUCUGGUGGACUGGAGGUAGAGAACGGCGUCUCCCUCCGGCGGUACGACUCUGGCAUCGGCGACGACCACACCUCGACCGCGGCGAGCGAGGCCGACCUGUCGUCCUCCGGCAUGACCCACGGGCCCGACGCCAUCUCCGAGGCCUUGUCCACGCUGUCGUCCGAGGUGCGACCCGCUCUGCCCUCUGAUUCGAAGGGCAAGAAUGUGAAAGACAUCCUGCGCAGCCUCGUGAGCGCCCCGUCCGACGACAUCAUGGUGGACCCGAGUCUGCUGCCACCGGCCUUUCUGGGGAGUGUGAGCGAUUUGGCCAGAAAGUCCUCACUGCAGACCCACUCCUUUGAUAGAAGUGUCGUCGUCGCACCCAAGAAAGCCGGCACGGCGCCAUCUCCAGGCAGCUCCACCCCCGUCCCAGCAGCCACCGCUGCCUCGGUGUCCGCCGGGACACCUAUUGACCGUGUCGCUGUGGUAUCUGCCGGCGAUACCUCGGAGAGCAUCUCUGCAGACCCUGCAGCUUCAGGCGGCCAGGUUCCAGCCAGCGCUAGCCUGCCAUCUGUCCCCCCACUCUCCCCUGUGACCCAGAACACAGCCCCCAAUAUGAGUAUCUCGGAGCGUCUGGAGAGCGCUCUGGAGAAGGCGGCUCCUCUGCUGAGAGAGAUCUUCGUGGACUUUGCCCCCUUCCUCUCUCGGACCCUGCUGGGCAGCCACGGACAGGAGCUCCUGAUUGAGGGCACAAGUCUGAUGUGUAUGAAGUCCAGCAGCUCAGUGGUGGAGCUCGUCAUGCUUCUGUGUUCACAGGAAUGGCAGAACUCCAUCCAGAAGAACGCAGGCCUCGCCUUCAUCGAGCUGGUCAACGAAGGCAGACUGCUGAGUCACACCAUGAAGGACCACCUGGUGCGUGUGGCUAAUGAAGCUGAAUUCAUCCUGAGUCGACAGAGAGCGGAAGACAUCCACAAGCAUGCCGAGUUUGAGUCCAACUGUGCUCAGUACGCAGCCGAGAAGCGAGAUGAGGAGAAGAUGUGUGACCACCUGAUCCGGGCGGCUAAGUACCGCGACCACGUGACGGCCACGCAGCUCAUCCAGAAGAUAGUCAACAUCCUGACUGACAAGCACGGGGCCUGGGGAAACUCCUCCAUCAGCCGGCCGAGGGAGUUCUGGCGCCUGGACUACUGGGAGGACGAUUUAAGGCGGCGGCGGCGCUUCAUCAGGAACCCCUUCGGAUCCAACCACUCGGAGGCGACGCUCAAAGCCGCCGCCGAACAUGUGGCUGAUAUCAGUGCACCCGAGGAGGAUAUUCUCAAAGGCAAGCAGUCCAUCAGAACUCACGCUCUGGGACAUCAGAACUCAGAGAGUGAGAUGUCGCUCGACGGAGACGAUGACACUCUGUCCAGCCUGGACGAGAAGGACCUGGAGAAUUUGGCAGGCUCAGUAAACUUGAGCACCGGCGCUCAGCUGGUGGCUCCGGCCGCGGUGGUGAAAGGCACCCUGUCCAUCACCGCCUCCGAGCUCUACUUCGAGGUGGAGGAGGACGACCCCAGCUUCAAGGCCAUCGAUCCUAAGAUUCUAGCCUACACAGAAGGUCUUCAUGGAAAAUGGCUGUUCACAGAGAUCCGGGCUAUCUUUUCCAGACGCUACCUACUUCAAAAUACUGCCCUGGAGAUCUUCAUGGCCAACAGAACUGCAGUCAUGCUCAACUUCCCGGAUGCUGCCACCGUGAAGAAGGUGGUCAACAGUCUUCCUCGUGUUGGGGUGGGCACGAACUUCGGCCUUCCCCAGACCAGGCGAAUCUCCCUGGCGACACCGAAGCAGCUUUUCAAAGCGUCCAACAUGACCCAGCGCUGGCAACGUCGGGAGAUCUCCAACUUUGAGUACCUCAUCUUCCUCAACACCAUCUCCGGUCGCACCUUUAAUGACUUGAACCAGUACCCGGUCUUCCCGUGGGUUAUCACCAACUAUGACUCCGAAGAACUUGACCUCACGCUGCCCAGCAACUUCAGAGAUCUGUCUAAGCCCAUCGGUGCACUGAAUCCCAAACGGGCGGCCUUCUUCUCAGACAGAUACGAGUCCUGGGAGGAUGAUCAGGUGCCAAAGUUCCACUAUGGCACCCACUACUCCACCUCCAGCUUCACCAUGAUGUGGCUGCUACGUAUGGAACCCUUCACCACGUUCUUCCUCAACUUCCAAGGAGGAAAGUUCGACCACGCCGAUCGCACCUUCUCAUCUGUGGCGCGGGCCUGGAGGAACUGCCAGAGGGACACAUCUGACGUUAAGGAGCUGAUCCCAGAAUUCUACUACCUCCCCGAGAUGUUUGUCAACUCCAACAGCUACAACCUGGGAGUGAUGGAGGAAGGCAGCGUGGUCUCUGACGUGGAGCUGCCGCCCUGGGCCAAGAGUCCUGAGGAGUUUGUUCGAAUCAAUCGGCUGGCUCUGGAGAGCGAGUUCGUGUCCUGCCAGCUCCACCAGUGGAUCGAUCUGAUCUUCGGCUACAAGCAGCAGGGCCCCGAGGCCACAAGGGCCCUGAAUGUGUUCUACUAUCUGACCUAUGAGGGCGCAGUCAACCUCAACUCCUUCAACGACCCCAUGCUCAGAGAGGCUGUGGAGUCUCAAAUUAGGAGUUUUGGACAGACCCCCUGCCAGUUGCUCAUCGAACCACACCCACCCAGAAGCUCAGCCAUGCAAGUGACGCCGCUGAUGUUCACGGAGCAGAUGCAGCAGGACGUUAUCAUGGUGUUGAAGUUCCCGUCAAACUCGCCCGUGACCCACGUGGCGGCCAACACGCAGCCGGGCCUGACCUCGCCCGCCAUCAUCACUGUCACCGCCAACCGCAUCUUUGCAGUCAACAAAUGGCACGGCUUGGCAGGUCAUCAGAGCUCCACGGUGCAGGACCAGCAGUACCAACUUCCUGUGGAGAUUGACCCGCUCAUAGCCAAUAACGUGGGCAGUCACCGGCGUCAGAUCUCAGACCUGCUGGACCAGAGCAUCCAGAUCAGCUCGCAGUGUUUCAUCAUCACGGCCGACAACCGCUUCAUCCUCCUGUGUGGCUUCUGGGACAAGAGCUUCAGGGUCUACUCCACUGACUCAGGCAAACUGACUCAGAUCGUGUUCGGGCACCGCGACGUGGUGACGUGUCUGGCUCGCUCCGAGUCCUACAUCGGGGGAGACUGCUACGUCCUGUCGGGCUCCAGGGACGCCACCCUGCUGCUGUGGUACUGGAACGGAAAGCACAGCAGCAUCGGAGAGACCCUCGGCACAGAGUUCACCACACCGCGGGCCAUCCUGACGGGCCACGACUGUGAGGUGACGUGUGCCAGCGUGUGUGCCGAGCUGGGCGUCGUCAUCAGCGGCUGCAAAGAGGGCCCUUGUCUGAUCCAUUCCAUGAAUGGGGACCUGCUGAGGACCCUGGAGGUCCCGGAGCGGUGCACGCGGCCCCGCCUCAUCCAGUCCUCCACCGAGGGACACUGCAUGGUCUACUACGACAAGGGACAGUUCUGUCUCUUCAGUGUCAACGGCAAACUGCUGGGACACAUGGAGGUGGAGGACAGCAUCAAGGCCAUGCUCCUCAGUCGUGACGGCCAGUACCUGCUGACAGGCGGAGACGGGGGGAUCGUUUCUGUCUGGCAGGUUCACAACCUCAAGCAGCUGUUCUCGUACCCGGGCUGUGACGCAGGAAUCCGCUCCAUGGCCAUCUCACAAGACCAAAGGUGCAUCAUCACUGGGAUGGCGUCGGGAAGCAUCGUGCUCUUCUACAACGACUUCAACCGGUGGCACCACGAGUACCAGACCCGGUACUGAGCUCCACACUGGACUGACAAAGUGGGACACUGACGUUGAUCCAGACCGAGUGAAUCCGCGACAAGUGUUUCCUGUUCUCCUGAAUGUAUCUCAUAGAGGGAAAAGAAAAACUACAACCUGUCCUGCUAUAGUAAAAGAAUCAAACUAUUUUUUAAAAAGGGCAUUACUAUAUUUUGUAGAUCUGAUAGAAACUUUUCAUAUAAAUCAUAUGGUAGGGGGGAGGGGUGGUUACGUUACUGUGCGGUUAAAAAAAGGCAAAAUCUAUUUUUAGCUGUAAAAGUCUAUUUUCAUCUCCUCCGGAAAAGAAAAAGGAAAAAAGGGGGAUUGUGUGAAAACGUUUUCUCUUGACUUAAAAAUCCAAAUAUUUGUGUACUUUAGGGUGAGUGAUUUUUGUUUUCUCUUUCUGUAGGUGUGUAUGUGGGAACUAACUAUAAGUAAUCAUUCACUUUUACCAACACAGGCGCUAGAUAGGAAAAUGUUUGAAUAAAUAAUACAUGUAUCGCAGAGAAGGAUAAAAGAAGAGGGAAUAUACAUAUAUAUAAAUUAUACUGUUUAAAUGUUAGUCUUUCAUAUUUAAGAAAAGAAAAUGUCCAUGUGUACGUCUGCAUUUCCUGUGCAUGGCUCAUUCCUCUGACACAACAUAUCAGCAGAUCUGUCACAUUAUCAUUUAACACUUAAAAGGAAAAAAAGAAUCAACCACUUCCCUGCAUCAAAAAAAGAGCUUUACCCAGAGGAGGACUUUUAUUGCUACGAUCUUCUCCUAAUUGACUGAAUAAGCAAAGUGUGAGUCGCUCUUUUCCCCGAAACAGAUUAAUCUCAUCAUGUCGUUAUGACCUUCUUUUGCUUUUUGGCUAAAUAAAUGAAAUCCCGUCACACGUCAGCUCCACAUCUUCAGAGUCCUCGCUGAGCCUCGUCUCCGCAGCAGCUCGACACUAAGCGAGAGGUGAAGUGAAGGACCUCCUGCGUCUCACUCUUUUGUCUUCAUCCAUCGCACACACCGGGAUGAGUGAUUGUGUUAAGAUGUGGUUCAGCACUAAAAUGACAAAUUGUUCAUUUGGACCUCGGUUGAAACAAACGUCCACUCGUGUCUUUUGAAUUAUGACUUUUCUUUUGAGGAUGCAUUCCUUUUGAUGUGGUUUGAAUCUACAACUCUGAGAAAACUACUGUUUAUCUAUCAGCCGAUAUUUUUGCAAUCAUUUUGGAGUGUUUUGUGUGACGAGUUCUGACAAUAAAACCCAAUUUUAUAACUUGAA